AUGAGCAAAACUCAACUGCCGAAUUGGACAUGUCAGCUGAGAAUGGCCUAUAGAAACUCGUCGCGGCAACGAAGGUUCACUUAUAAGCAAAAUGCGGUUAAAAUAGAGCAAGAACGAGCUAACAACCUAUAUGACCUCAAAAAUGAGCAAACGCAGCAGAAAACGGUGAUUUUACCUGCCAGGCUCGAAACCAUGUCUGUUGCACACUUGCAAGCCGUUUUAUGGGAAGAUACUGUUCAGAGACAGGCUGUAGAACUCCGAUUUGAAGUGCGCGAUGCCCAUCGUUACCAAAGUCAAAGCAUAAAUGAUUGGGUCACCAUAAGAAAGUUCUUCAAGAACCGAAUUGCACCAGUGUAUUCCAGUACAGAGACCAAAGGAACAUAUAUGAAGGACGGCAAGGACGGCAAGAAUUGGGAUCGCUUCCUAAAACUAACUACCUCUGAAGGCGAACAUUUCGAGGUACUGUGGCCGCCUUUUGAGUUUUCCCUGGCAUGCAGGGCAAUCGGAGUAACUGAUAGUGAGAGUUACGAUAAACUCAGACAUCAAACGACUCAUCACCCGGUGACGGGAGAUGCCUUACCUUUUUUGAAAAUACCCGAUAAUUCUGACGUCAAAGCCAAUUUCAUAGCAUUGGCACCACAACUAGAUUGGCCUCGAUGCAAGCCGGUCGCAAACUCAUUGGGUGCGGCAGCCGUCAUUCCAUCACGUUGCUGUAACUCAGCGGAGAUUUUGAAAGUAAAAAUGUGCUGUGUCAAUCAGGAUUAUGUGGAAACGAAGAAGAACCGUCUCAUACCAUUGAGACCUGCCGAGGGCUUUAAGAGUGAUUUGAAAAGUACGUCCAGGGUAUUCAAAGCUCUUGAAACGGGCUCUUUUUUCUCCUCGGGAUCUAUGAAAAAGUCCAUGUGUUCAGCCGAUAUUCUACGGGCAACAGUUCUUUCAAACAACAUCACGGAAUAUCAGUUGAAAGCAGAGUAUUGCAAGAUUUCUGUUCUCUAUAGCAUCUUUGAGAACAUGCAAAGACUUCGAAGACGGCUGCGAAACGUUGAACUCGACUCUAAAGCGCUAAAUCUUACCUCCUGGGACGCACAAAUUCUUGCUGACUUGGAAGAGUUGAAUGAAGGUUACUCGGAUAGAGACAUAAAUAAUUUGGUAAAAGCGAAAGGUUACUUCGACAGUUUCCUAGCUCGCCUCAAUACCUACAAUGUCAUCCUCAACGCUGAACUGCGGGGUGCUGCUAAAAGCGCCUCGAAACCUAACUUCGAACGUCAAAAUACCAUGAUACAGGUUCUUGGAACGGUCUUUUCAGAGUGCUCUGCUAUAAAGAGUCUUUAUCCUAACCUUUUCUUCGAAUUCAGGCGUGCCACAAGAAAUUUGGACUCUGUAACCUCUCCUAGCCAGGAUCUCAAAAAUAAGGAAGAGGGGUCACGAAUGGUAGAAACUAUUCGGGCCAUUUUGGAAUUUGAAAAUGAAGUAUUGGGACCGGACGAUACACCGCGUGGCCAUCGAUUGGUCUUGCUAGUUCCGGAGCCUCUAGCUCCCGAUACUGCACGCCUGUAUCAAUUUUGCACGCGGCUCGAGCUCCAAAUCACAACGUCAUUGGAUGCCGUUAGGAAAGUGGACAAUUCGGAAUGCAUUCAGAAAAAGAGUAUCGACUACGAUACAAAUAUUUACUUGUAUGAAGAGAAGCGUUUGGACUCGAACGUCAGCGAGCUGCUCGAAAGUCUUGCCAAGGAUGCAGCUUCGUCGUGA